AUGAUGGUCUAUCGACGGAUGCAUCGGCUGGCGAACGCGGUGAUCGUGUGUUGUUUGUUCGGAUUCAUUGUGAUCUUCCUAAAAGCCCCAUCAGAAGAGCAACGAAUACGUGACGGUGUUCCGAUAGUGUCACAAAAUGCGGGUUGGUCGGCGAAAGAUUGGGACGGAGUGAAUAAAGAAGUGGCGGAUUUAUUGAAAAACGAAUCGAAAUCGGAGAGAUCCGAUUUGAGUGGAUGGGAUUUUAAGGCCGACGGAAAACCACUCAACGGUGCGGAUAUCGUCGAAUCCGUCAGUUUUCUCAAUGAGAAUUUCGAUAUUUUGAAUACGGCCAAGUUUGGAGAUUUGAGCAGUGUCAAGACGAUUCUCGUCAUUCAGGUGCACGACCGUCCCGUCUACCUCCAAUACCUCAUCGAAUCAAUGCGAAAUACGCAAGGAAUCUCUGAAACAUUGCUCGUCUUCUCCCACGAUAUCAACGUUGGAAUCAACAACGAACUGAUUCGAAACAUCACAUUCGCCCGUGUCUAUCAAAUAUUCUAUCCCUAUAAUCUCCAACUGUUCCCCUCUGUUUUUCCCGGUCAGUCGCCCACAGACUGUCCGGAGAAAAUGAAGAGAGACCGUGCGCAAGAGACUAAUUGCUCUAAUUGGAGCUCUCCGGAUAAGUACGGCAAUUAUCGGGUCGCCCAAUUAACACAAAUUAAACACCAUUGGUGGUGGAAAAUGAAUUUUGUGUUCGAUGGAAUUGUGGAUAAAUUCGAAAUGAAUGAUCCAUGGGUACUACUUUUAGAAGAGGACCAUAUGUUGGCUCCAGACGCGUUGCACGUUCUUGAUAUAAUCGUUUCGAACCGUCCGACGUAUUGCGCCUCGUGUGAGAUAAUCUCACUUGGAUUCUAUCUGAAAUCUACUAAUAAAUAUGGACAAGACAUUGCGCACCUCGGUGUUCACCCGUGGUACAGUAGCAAACAUAACAUGGGAAUGGCACUGCAAAAAGCGACGUGGAAGAAGAUUCAGGGAUGCUCCGGGAUGUUUUGUAGUUGGGAUGACUAUAAUUGGGAUUGGUCGUUGAUGCAGGUGUCGGCGAAAUGUUUGCCGCAAAGGUUUCGAGUCGUUUUUACGAAGAGUCCACGGGUGAUUCAUAUUGGGGAUUGUGGAGUGCAUACGCAUCGAUGCGAAGCCCACAAAGCGCUGAAAUCCACUCAAGACCUCUUCCAACAGUACAAGGAUCUCCUCUUCCCAAGUAGUAUGACAGUCACUGACACCUCCAGAAGAUCCCUGAAGCCGUCGAAGGAGAACGGUGGUUGGGGUGAUGUUAGAGACCGCCAACUGUGCGAGAUCAACAAAACGCCACUAGUCCGGGUGUCGGCUCAACAGCCAUCGGUGCUCCAUUCGAUGCUCAACACGAAAAUUCAAUUCAACACGACGACCACGCCCACUUUCACCUCAACUACCUCAUCGAAUAGUCAGAAUUUAUAG